AUUGUUAUUUUCUUGAAAAGUUAAGAAUUUAAGAAAUAGAAAUAAUGAUAAAAUCGACCUGAACCAGUGCUACAAUAGUUUUGUACUUGAUUGUUGGAAAAUAUCUAGAUACCCAAGGAAACAACAUUUAAGACUGAUAAGGACACAUUAGUGACAUCUCCAAACUUAAAAAACAUAGAAGUUUACUACAUAGGAUUUAAAUGUCGAAAACAAAAGAUUACAAUAUAAAAAAAGCGGGACGUGGCUUUCAUCUGGAGGAAAAACUACAAAAAGACAAUAAAAUUCAAGGAGCUGUUGAAAGCUUUGAUUUAAGCCUGGAUGCUUUAGAGACUGACCUGAAAAAAGCUCUCUCAGCAUAUAGAUCGCAACAUUUGAACUUAGACGAACAAAUCGAAUUGGACAGUUAUUUGGUAUACCUAACCACCACAUUAUAUUGGAUGCAUUUAAAGUUACAGGGCUCAGAUGUGUCUAAGCAUGGUAUAAUACAUGAUUUGGGUCGCGCAAAGGAAAUCCUGGCUAGAAGCAAGGAAUUAAAUACCUCACUCGAAGCUCCUCGCUUAGAUAUGCCGGCUACCAAGCGAUUUAUUGCUGCUGGAAUGCAUACACGUUUUGUGGACAUGGGGGGCGUUAUGGUCACUGAAGAACAAUACAAAAGGAGUCUUUUGGACGUUGGGAAUAAUAAAAUAGACAAAUAAUUGUUUAUACAAAAUAAAUGGCUGCAGAAAUGGAACAUUUUGGGUUUAUAUACAAGCAUGUGUGAACAUAUGUUCUGGUUUUUUUUUUUACCCUUACAUUGGCCAAAAUUUACAUAAAUUAAAAGUUAUUUUAUUAUACGUUAUUCGUGACGAAAAAGUUGA